AUGGAUGAUGAGAUGGAGGAGAUGGAGGACCCAAUGGGUUUCCUCAAUACAGGCACCUAUGAAGGUGACAUAGAUAUGAUGAGUCAGCCAUAUGACGAAUCGGGCUAUCAGCAUGCUGAUGAGGAUAUGGGUGUUGACAGGAUGGUGGGCAAGGGUCCAGAGCGCCCCGAGCCUCCUGCGAGCGCUACUGGGAGGGGUGGUUCCAUUAUUCCAGGCCAGCCCCUCCGGAGAGCGCUGCUAGACAGUAUGCAGACAGCUGCAGCGGGCGCUUCUUCUUCGGCUGUGAGAGGUCGGGGGAGGACGAAAAAGGCUGCUAGAGGUGGACGUGGCAGCGGGAGAGUUAGGAAGGCUGCUACACCUUCCUCGCCGCCACCCUCAGCUGAUUCACCCGACCACAGGACUGCUCCUUCUGACGUGGACCCGUCUCGGACUCCGGUCCAUGAGCCUCCGAUCGCCGAUCCUUCGCCCCACCAGACUCGGGUCGCCGAUCCUUCGCCCCACCAGACUCGUGUCACCGAUCCUUCGUGCCACGUGAGUCCGGUCCCAGAAUCUUCGUCCCAGAAGACUCCGGUCCCGGAGUCUUUGUCCCACGAGACUCCGGAGGCUAGUGGCCCUACUAAUGGUAGCGAGGACACCUUUUCUGAUGAUAGCUACAGCGACGACGAGCUGGUUGAGAAGGGCAAGAAGACCUUCUACAGGUUUCAGAGGCUAACUUAUGCUGAAAUAACUGAAUCUGUUAAGAAGAUGCUGGAUGAACCGGUGGCCGACUGCAGUAAAACAGGACUUAGCUCGUUCUACGCUUCAAAUAAACCGCCACCUGGUGAUGAUCCGUUCUGGAAGAAGAAAACGCAAGAUAAACCAGCCAAAACACCUCGUAUCAAAACCAAGGCGAACAAGAAGCCUGCCAAGAAGAAAACCGCCGAGUCCACCGAUUUAAACAUUGAUGACGAUGAUGAUAAUCAUGAUUCAGAGGGUGAUGCAGAAGCUAGCCGUGUUGGGGAUGCAGAGAGCCCAGGCGAGGCCCAGCAAGAAGGCCAAGUUGAACAAACCGGCUAUGAUAACCCGGCAACUAACCCGGAAAAGACUCCAGAACAGUUUGAAUCAAAUGCCGAUGAUAUUCUUGAUGAUCCGCCACCGCAAGACCAUGACUUUGUUGAUCAUAUGGAAAUUGAUCCAAUAGGUCAUGCUGACAAACCGCCAAGCCCGGACAAAAACACUGAUAAACCACCAAGCCCAGUCAAAACUGUUGAUGAUAAAGCAGAUGAUGUUGUAGUUAUUGGCUUCGGCUAUACAUCUCCUGACAACCCCAUUGCCCUAUCAAAGCACAGUGCCAAGGAAGAAAUAUCUGCUGCUGAUCUUAGCAAAAAGGAAUCCCAAAUCGCCAACCUUCAAGAAAAUGUCAAGUCUCAACAAGCAGAAACUUCCAAGGCCAAGAAUGAAUUGACCAACGCUUUAGCAGUCGUGGAGAAAUUGAAAGAGGACUUCAAAAACGAGCGGGCAAGCCUAGACACAGAAAAAGUAUCUCUGCUAAAGAGGGCGGAAGAUGCUGAAGCAGCUCUUGCUCCGGUAACAGAGGAGCUGACUGGUUUGAAGCGACAAAUAAACGCCAUGACUUCUGCUGUUUUUGGUAAAGAACCUCUUCAUAAGCUUUAA